AUGGGUAAGCCGCCGCUCGGGGCCGCGCUCGCGCUCGCGCUCGGCGCGGGGAUCGGGUUCUUCACGUCCUCGCGCGCGCGGCGCCGCGAGAAAUCCAAGGCGGCGACGCGCGACGGCGGCGACGGCGGCGACGGCGGCGGCGAGACGGACGCCGCCUUCGGAUCCGCGUACGCGACCGCGAGAUCUCGCGCGCAGGCGGCGCUCCUCUCCGCGUUCGACGCGGACCUCGACGCCGCGUUCGCGGCCGCGUCCGAUCGCUUCGGCCGCGCGAACCUCAAGCGCGUCCCGAACGACGACAAGCUCCGCGCGUACGCGCUGUACAAGCAGGCGACGCGCGGGCGAUGCGUCGGCGCGAAGCCGCGCGUGCUGACGGACGGGACGACGAAACACGCCAAGUGGUGCGCGUGGGAGAAGCUCGGGGACAUGCCCUCGGACGAGGCCAAGGGCGCGUACGUCGAGCUCGUCGACGCGCUGUUGGGCGAGGAGGAGGAGGCGGCGGGCGACGAACGCGGCGGAGGCGGGACCGAGGACGACGCCGACGACGGCGGGUUCGGCGGACCGGUAUUCUCGCGCCCGGCGGCGGUCGUCGACGCCCCGGACGCGGACGACGACGACGCGUCGGCGGCGUCCGCGCCGUCGCCGCUCAUCCGCCACGUCAAGAACGGCGAUCUGGACUCCGUACAGCUCAUGCUCGGGUUCGCGCGCGCGUCCGCGGACGCCGACGAAGACGAGAGCGUCGUCGACGUCGUGAACCGCGUCGACGCGCGAGGAUGCACGGCGUUGCACCACGCCGCGGACGGCGAUAAGAUCGACAUCGCGGAGGCGCUCAUCGACGCCGGCGCGAAUAUCAACGCGCGCGACGACGACGGCGCGACGCCGCUGCACUACGCGUGCGUCGUCGAGCUCCCGGGGAUGUGCGCGCUUCUGCUGUCGAAGGGCGCGGAGGUUGGCAUACCGGACGACGACGGCGAGACGGCGGCGUCGUUGGGGUGUUUCGAGCUGUCGCAGAGGCACAUGGAGAAGGUCAUGGCGGAGUUUAUGGCGGAGGAGGCGACGAAGGACCGCGUGGAUUACCUGGACAUCGCGGCGAAGUUUGAGGCCGACCUCGCGAGGAAGAAAACGGACGAGGAGAUCGUCUAG